AUGGCGAUGUGGCGCAGCUGGCUCACCUUAGCUGCUUUCGGCUACAGCGCUGCAGCCAAUGCGGUCAUGUUCUUUGAUUUCGUGGUGCUCAGUGAUCUCAGCGCCCACAUAUUUGAUGUGGACGUCGGUGACAUCGCCAUGACAUACAGUCUAGCUCUCUUCACAGCCUUGCCGACGGCAUUCUUAGUGGCAUACUUUUUGCCGAGACAAAGCUAUUAUGUGUUUGGCGCAGGUGCAUGUUUCAACACAGUCGCUGCGUGGUUACGGUGGGGUAGUACCGUCCAGGGCAGCUGGGCGAUGUGCAUGGCCUCAACUGUUUGUGUUGGUGUGGCCUUCGCUGUGUGUUGCAUGUCUUAUGCGGUCAUGGGAGAGCGCUGGUUUCCACCUGAAUUUCAGAUCUUGGCCACGAGUAUCGGCGUCCAGGCAAACUAUGCGGGUGCCUGUUUGAGUGCAUUUUUGAAGCCGACGGUAGUGCAAGAGCGGCAGGAUCUGGAGCAAUUCCUUUUUUGGCGGGCCGUUGCGGUGAGUGUCGCCAUAAUACUUUUCGUGCUUUUACACGAUGAGAGUGCAGGUAAUGCACUGCCGGAAGAGAUACCUUCUCUCAGGAGAAACCUCCGGAGUCUCUGCAGGCACCCAAGGUUCUUCCUAAAGAUGGCAUGCUACGCAACCCUGGGUGCUGUAAGUUACACAAUACCUGCGGUCCAGGAUGUCUUGAUUUCGGAAACUCUGCAUACCACCCCAGCCUUCACCAAGUGGACCGAUGCGUCCUUCAUCGCCAUCGGCGUCGUCUCUGGGAUGCUAUUCUCUGUUCGAGAGCUUCGGAAUCCGGAUCGGCUGAUUCUGUCCACCUUCGUUGCGGCCUCUUUGGGCCUCGUAGCGGCUUCUCUAAUCGUGUCCCCUCUCCUGGCUUCCACCAGCGUCGCCCUCCGACGCGGUUCCCUCGUUGUGGCCAUGGCUGUGGUCGGCGGCGCAUCCUUGGGAUUUCUUGGCGUGGCCCUAGCGCACAUCUGCCACGAGGUUCCCGAGGUACAUGAGUCCAUCAGUGCCGGUGCCGUCGAGUGGUUUGUUCAGGCUGGAGGGGCCCUCCUCUCGUCCUUUGCGGUCAACAGGCACGGUUUUGAAAUCUGUGGCGCCCUCGUGGUUACUGCCACAGGCAUUUUGAUCAUCGAUUUCAUUCUGGCAAGGAAAGAUAGGAAAGCAUCCGGCUCUCAAUUGCCCCUCGAUUGCUGCGAGAUGAGCGGGGAAACGAGUGGGGAAACGAAGGAAGAGGCAUCCGAGUCGAGCGCAGAGCUGUAA